AUGGACGAAUACACCACAGACCUCUUCAUCCCGCGUCAGGACUCGCCAGAGCUCCCUGCUCAUCAUGACCAUGUUUUCGACGAGCAGACUCCGUCAACACCUCCACGUCCACAGCAGCGGCAGCAACAGCAGCAGCAGCAGCAAUCCCAGCACGACGAUCAAAACGCCAGCGACACCUCGCCCUUGUCGGGUCGCAAAGGCUUCCGCGGCCGCGUAGCUGGUGCCGCCCUGACGAAGAAGCAUAGCAUACAGGAUCGUCUCGUGGAAAAGCUCUUGCAACAGGUCAUGCCCGACUCGGAAGGUAUCAGCGCCGGCGAUGAACCGCUCGCCGACGGCAUCCCCUCCGACAAGAAGCCCGCAUUUGCUGAGCGGCCCAACUUCAACAUCACGACAAUGUCCAACAACUUCCGACGCUUCAACGCCCGCAUUGGCGUCGUCUUCAAGUUCCAGGCCCAGGCCACGCGCCUCGUCACAUGGCAGCAUCCCACCCACACGCUGUCCUUCCUCUCCGUCUACACAUUUGUCUGUCUCGACCCCUAUCUCGUCGUUGCCCUGCCGCCGGCCAUCUUGUUGCUCGCCGUCUUCAUCCCCUCCUUCCUCGCCCGCCACCCGGCGCCGCCCUCGGGCACCCUCUCCUCCGAGCAGUCCUUCGGCUACUCCCCGCGCGGCCCGCCCCUCGCCCCGGCCCCGACUGUCAAGCCUGUCAAGGAGCUCUCCAAGGACUUCUUUCGCAACAUGCGCGACCUGCAGAACGUCAUGGACGACUUUUCCAACGCCCACGACCGCAUCAUCGCCCUCUUCCAGCCCCUGACCAACUUCUCCGACGAGCCCCUCUCGUCCUCUCUCUUUGCCGGCCUCACCCUCGCCGCCCUUGCCCUCACCAUCACGGCCGCUCUGCUGCCGUGGCGCUUCAUCUUCCUCCUGCUCGGCUGGGCCGCCCUCUUCCUCGCCCACCCCACCAUCGCGACGUCCCUGAUGACGGCCCACAAGGUGCACGUCGCGCCGCACGAGCGCCGCGCCGUCAGCUCCCUGCGCGCCUUUGCCGCGCGCGAUACCAUCCUCGACUCGGCCCCCGAGACGCGCGAGGUCGAGAUCUUUGAGCUCCAGCGCGCCGCGGCCGCCUCGGGCGACGAGAAGAAGUGGGCCCUCGACCUCUGGAGCCGCGAGUGGGUCGAGGAGCGCAUCAUCACGGGCGUCGAGGUCGAGACGGAGGGCGAGCGCUGGGUCUACGACAUGUACGACGAGCGCGAGGCCACCGCCGCCCGCGCCGCCGAGCGCAUGCCCGCCGAUGACGACGAGGGCGGGCCCGCCGACGUUGUCGACUGGAGCGUCCGCGGCCGCCACAAGGUCGUGCCGCUGCCGAGCUGGGAGGAGGGCGACGACGGCGAGGGCCGCCGCGGCGAGUGGCGCCGCCGCCGGUGGGUGCGCCUCGUCAAGAGGCGGGCCCGCACCGGCAGCGAGAGCGCGUAG